AUGUCCAACGAUACAAGACCUUCUGCUGGGAUCAAAACAGAGGACAAUAUUAUGAUCCGAAUAAAUCCAAAAUUUCAAUUGAAUGGCUUCUCAAAUAAUUCUGUUCUGGAAGAAGACACAGAAAAUGAACAUUGUUUUGUUUGUGAAAAAUGCAACAGAGUAUUCAAAAGUCAUUUCCGCCUGGGUCCAUUAUUCCCGUCUCCAGCGGCAGCUAUGGUCUACAAUCUGUCGGCAACUUUCCACGCAACCUCAAAUGCUGCAGCAGUAGCCGCCGUUGCCGCCGUCACAAGCGCCGGCAAUAACAAGCCAUUCGCCUGCAGAAGAUGCGGCAAAGAGUACGAAAGCCGCAAUGGCGUUUAUAAACACGAAAAAUACGAAUGCGUUUAUGGCGAAUGGAUCGAUCCAGUGCAGCUGAAACCAAAAAAAUAUUUUUGCAAAAAUUGCAAGAAACCAUACGAGAGCCAUAAUGGUGUUUACAAACAUGAAAGAUAUGAAUGCGGAAGGGAGCCAAAUUUUCGUUGCACACUUUGUCCUUUUAAAACUUAUUAUUUGUUUAAUUUAAAAGCACAUUAUUCAAGAAGACACCAAGAUAGCAAUUGUUAUUUCCUGGAUCCAUCUCUAUACAGGAUGGUAUCUAAACCAAGUUCCGGACAAGAAGAAAGAAACCAAAUUUAUCCUUGUGACACUUGUAACAAAGUCUACCGCAGCAGAACUGGGCGUUAUGUACAUAAGAAAUACGAAUGCGAUACAAUUUAUGAAAUUCCGGAUAGAUCGUAUACUGAAAUUGUGACUAUGUCUGGAGGACUUUUUUGCGGCCUGUGUGGAAAAGCUUUCGGAAAACCUCGAAGUUUAUAUGCCCAUGAGAGAUUUGAAUGUGGCCAAUUACCCAAACAUUGUUGCAAAUUCUGUGGUUACCGGACUCAUAGAAUUUCUAAUAUUAAAAGGCACAUUGAAAGACAUCAUUCUAAGAAUAACAACAAAAAAUAA